AUGGAUGCUAUUAAGCAAUACCAACAAAGCCAACACGCAACAACUACUGCUGAUGUCCCUGAAUCACCUGCACCUCAUGCUACUCCUGUACCUGAGGAGGAUAUUUCAAAUGACCCCGAGACCGAGUUCUUUGACUCACUCCCUACUGAUUGGGCCGACCAAAUGCAAGCGGUUGAAAAUGCUCAACGACCCAAUACACCUCCACCUUUGGUCUUUGAACACCACCAUGAAGUGCCAGCCUUCAUGACUACUAUCAUGGAUGAACUCAAUUCUCUUCGCUCCCAGGUCCAGCAGCAAGAUACCUUGCUUCAUGAACUAAAAUCAAUCACAGACCGCCUCACAAAGGUAACUGAAGAGCUCAAUAAGGCUAAUACUCGUGUCUUAGAACUUGAGAAGGAGAACAACCAACUCCGUGAACAAAUUACACAACCAACACCUCGUGGCACAUCGGCUUCCAUUUAUGCACAUGAUUACAUGAAUGCCAAUAAUACACAACAAUCAUCCAACACCCAACGCUCAGCUACUUCUACCAACCCAUGGUCACAACCUGAUCGUGUUAAGAAGCUUAAACAACGUCCUCAACCAAGUGCAGCAACAAUUCAACGCAGAAAGGAAGCUGCAGCACGCUGUUUCCAACCUCUUUCCGAUAACCAAGGCUUCCAAUACACUUAUUUCUUCUCCAAAGUUAGAUAUAAAACUGGCGAAGUGAGAGCCAAACUUAGGCGCAUUGGUGUUGACAAUAGCCGUGUACUCGAUAUCCACUAUCCCGACUAUCAGGUAGUAGCACUCCUCACUCACAACGAUUAUGUAGAAGACCUCAAAGCAGCCAUGGCUGCCCACGGUGCCCUUCCUAUGCAAAACUUCGACCCACGUGACCCUACCCGCCUUAGAGAUCCCAAGUAUAAGGAUGAAGAGGAAUCUAAGAGAAAAGAAAUUGCAUCCAAACUCCACCUCGCUCGUAUGAUCAAAGCUCUUGAAUACAUUCGCAUCCCAGUACGCCUGGCAGUUGCACGCGAUUUCAAGCGCAAGGAAUGGAUUUCUGAAGACCAACUAAAAGAUAUCCUACGCCCUUUUGCUCGUCAGCCUUCAACCCAAUCACAGCAAUCAGAUGCAGCAGCCAAUUUCAGACAACCUGAACCCACCACUGACAAUAACCACAAAAGCAAUGACACCGAAAUGACUGAUGCUAAUGAUGUACCACAGAAUCCAGGAUCUAUUGGAUCGCAGGAUUCCCUUCGCUUAUGA